AUGCCAGCUCCUGAGCAGUCCUCACUGGUGGAGGAGGGGCAACCACAGAUCCGCCAGGAAGCUGCCUGCAUUGGCCCAGGCAUGGAACCCGAGACCACAGCCACCACUAUUCUAGCUUCUGUGAAGGAGCAGGAGCUUCAGUUUCAGCGACUCACCCGAGAACUGGAGGUGGAAAGGCAGAUUGUUGCCAGUCAGCUAGAAAGAUGUAGGCUUGGAGCAGAGUCACCAAGCAUCGCCAGCACCAGCUCAACUGAAAAGUCGUUUCCUUGGAGAUCAACAGAUGUGCCAAAUCCUGGUGUAAACAAGCCUAGAGCUUCUGACACUGUCCAUCCCAACAACUAUCUCAUCAGGACAGAGCCAGAGCCAGGCGCCCUCUAUUCACCAGAACAGACAUCUCUCCAUGAAAGUGAGGGAUCAUUGGGUAACUCAAGAAGUUCAACGCAGAUGAAUUCUUAUUCUGACAGUGGAUACCAGGAAACAGGAAGUUUCCACAACAGCCAGAACUUGAGUAAGGCAGACAAUAGACCAUCGCACUCAUUUAUAGCAUCCACUAAUAACCAUUUGGUGAGGCAUUCAAGAGCUGAAGGACAAACUCUGGUUCAGCCAUCAGUAGCCAAUCGGGCCAUGAGAAGAGUUAGUUCAGUUCCAUCUAGAGCACAGUCUCCUUCUUAUGUUAUCAGCACAGGCGUGUCUCCUUCAAGGGGGUCACUGAGAACUUCUCUGGGUAGUGGAUUUGGCUCUCCAUCAGUGACCGACUCCCGACCACUGAACCCCAGUGCAUAUUCCUCCACCACAUUACCUGCUCAGCGGGCAGCAUCUCCGUACUCUGCGCAGAGAUCCGCCUCCCCAGCAGCUGUGCGGAGGAUUGGGUCAGUCACCUCCCGGCAGACUUCCAAUCCCAACGGACCAACCCCUCAGUACCAAACCACCGUCAGAGUCGGGUCCCCAUUGACCCUGACGGAUGCACAGACUCGAGUAGCUUCCCCAUCCCAAGGCCAGGUGGGGUCGUCGUCCCCCAAACGCUCAGGGAUGACCGCCGUACCACAGCAUCUGGGACCUUCACUGCAAAGGACGGUUCAUGACAUGGAGCAAUUUGGACAGCAGUAUGACAUUUAUGAGAGGAUGGUUCCACCCCGGCCAGACAGCCUGACAGGCUUACGGAGUUCCUACGCUAGCCAGCACAGCCAGCUUGGACAAGACCUUCGUUCAGCCGUGUCUCCCGAAUUGCACAUCACUCCUAUAUAUGAGGGCAGGACCUACUACAGCCCCGUGUACCGCAGUCCAAACCACGGGACUGUGGAGCUCCAAGGAUCACAGACCGCAUUGUACCGUACAGGCUCAGGUAUUGGAAAUCUGCAAAGGACAUCCAGCCAACGAAGUACCCUUACAUACCAAAGAAAUAACUAUGCUCUAAACACAACAGCUACCUAUGCGGAGCCCUACAGGCCAAUACAAUACCGAGUGCAAGAGUGCAAUUAUAACAGACUUCAGCACACAGCACCGGCCGAUGAUGGCACCACGAGAUCCCCAUCAAUAGACAGCAUUCAGAAAGACCCCAGGCAAUUCGCCUGGCGUGAUCCCGAGCUGCCUGAGGUCAUUCACAUGCUGCAGCACCAGUUCCCCUCUGUGCAGGCGAACGCGGCGGCCUACCUGCAGCACCUGUGCUUCGGCGACAACAAAGUCAAGAUGGAGGUGUGUAGGUUAGGGGGAAUCAAGCAUCUGGUUGACCUUUUGGACCACAGAGUUUUGGAAGUUCAGAAGAAUGCUUGUGGUGCCCUCCGAAAUCUUGUUUUUGGCAAGUCGACAGAUGAAAAUAAAAUAGCAAUGAAGAAUGUUGGUGGGAUACCUGCCUUGUUGAGACUGUUAAGAAAAUCUGUUGAUGCAGAAGUAAGGGAGCUUGUUACAGGAGUUCUUUGGAAUUUAUCCUCAUGUGAUGCUGUAAAGAUGACAAUCAUUCGAGAUGCUCUCUCGACCUUAACAAACACUGUGAUUGUUCCACACUCUGGAUGGAAUAACUCUUCUUUUGAUGAUGAUCAUAAAAUUAAAUUUCAGACUUCACUCGUUCUGCGUAACACAACAGGUUGCCUGAGGAACCUCAGCUCUGCAGGGGAGGAAGCCCGGAAGCAGAUGCGAUCCUGUGAGGGGCUGGUGGACUCACUGCUGUACGUGAUCCACACGUGUGUGAACACAUCCGAUUACGACAGCAAGACCGUGGAGAACUGCGUGUGCACCCUGAGGAACCUGUCCUACCGACUGGAACUGGAGGUCCCUCAGGCCCGGCUGCUGGGGCUGAACGAAUUGGAUGACUUACUAGGCAAAGAGUCUCCCAGCAAAGACUCGGAGCCAAGCUGCUGGGGGAAGAAGAAGAAAAAGAAAAAGAGAGCGCCACAAGAGGAUCAAUGGGAUGGAGUUGGUCCUAUUCCAGGACUGUCAAAGUCCCCCAAAGGGGUUGAGAUGCUGUGGCAUCCAUCGGUGGUAAAACCAUAUCUGACUCUUCUAGCAGAAAGUUCCAACCCUGCCACCUUGGAGGGCUCUGCUGGAUCUCUCCAGAACCUCUCUGCUGGAAACUGGAAGUUUGCAGCAUAUAUCCGGGCAGCCGUCCGCAAAGAAAAAGGGCUCCCCAUCCUUGUAGAGCUUCUGAGAAUGGAUAACGACAGAGUGGUUUCUUCUGUGGCCACUGCCUUGAGGAACAUGGCACUGGAUGUUCGAAACAAGGAGCUCAUAGGUAAAUACGCCAUGCGAGACCUGGUCAACCGGCUCCCCGGAGGCUCGGGCCCCAGUGUGCUGUCUGAUGAGACCAUGGCGGCCAUCUGCUGUGCUCUGCAUGAGGUCACCAGCAAAAACAUGGAAAAUGCCAAAGCCCUGGCCGACUCCGGGGGCAUUGAAAAGCUGGUGAACAUAACCAAGGGCAGAGGAGACAGAUCAUCUCUGAAAGUGGUGAAGGCAGCAGCCCAGGUCUUGAAUACAUUAUGGCAAUAUCGGGACCUCCGCAGCAUUUAUAAAAAGGAUGGGUGGAAUCAGAACCAUUUUAUUACACCUGUGUCGACGUUAGAGCGAGACCGAUUCAAAUCGCACCCUUCCUUGUCUACUACCAACCAACAGAUGUCACCCAUCAUCCAGUCAGGCUCCAGCAAACCUUCACCAAUUUACAUCAGUUCCUAUUCCUCACCAGCAAGAGAACAAAAUAGACGGCUACAGCAUCAACAGCUGUAUUAUAGUCAAGAUGACUCCCACAGAAAGAACUUUGAUGCUUACAGAUUGUAUUUGCAGUCUCCUCAUAGCUAUGAAGAUCCUUAUUUUGAUGAUCGAGUUCACUUUCCAGCUUCUACUGAUUAUUCACAGUAUGGACUGAAAUCGACCACAAACUAUGUAGACUUUUAUUCCACUAAACGACCUUCUUAUAGAGCAGAACAGUACCCAGGGUCCCCAGACUCGUGGGUGUAG